ACAAGGUGGAUCGGUUUGAAGAAGAAGAUGGAGAACAAUAUACCUAAAAAAUGGCGACAACUCAGCGGCCAAAAUCAUUGGAAAGGUAUGCUAGAUCCUCUUGAUAUUGACCUGCGUCAGUGCAUAAUACGCUAUGGCGAAAUGGCUCAAGCGACAUACGAUGCUUUCAACACAGAGAAAGCAUCAAAGUAUGCUGGAAGCAGCAGGUAUGCGAAGAGAGAUUUCUUCUCCAAGGUGUUUUUGGAAAAUGGCAAUCCCUUCAAGUAUUCCGUGACCAAGUUUCUUUAUGCAACGUCAAACAUCCAUGUCCCUGAAGCGUUUAUCAUAAAGCCCUUGUCCAGGGAGGCUUGGAGUAAGGAAUCAAAUUGGAUUGGGUAUGUUGCGGUGGCCACAGAUGAAGGGAAAGCUGUGUUAGGUAGAAGGGACAUUGUGAUUGCGUGGAGAGGAACAGUGCAGACCUUGGAGUGGGUUAAUGAUCUUCAGUUCAUUUUUGUCCCUGCUCCCAAAGUGUUUGGUAAUAACACUGAUCCUAAAGUUCACCAAGGCUGGUACUCCAUUUACACUUCUGAAGACCCACGUUCUCCUUUCAAUAAGACCAGUGCCAGAACCCAGGUCCUGAGUGAGGUGAGAAGGCUUGUGGAGAAAUAUAAGAAUGAAGAAAUAAGCAUAACAUUAACUGGGCACAGUUUAGGUGCUGCAAUUGCAACCCUUAAUGCGGUGGACAUUGUUGCAAAUGGGUACAACAAGCCAAGUGAUCCAUCUCUCAAGGCUUCUCCAGUCACAGUCAUUGCAUUUGCAAGCCCACGAGUUGGUGACAUCAACUUUCGGAAGGUUUAUUCUGGGUACAAAGAUCUAUCAACCUUACGCGUUCGAAAUGAGUUAGAUAUUGUUCCAAACUAUCCUCCUCUUGGGUAUUUUGAUGUGGGUGAAGAGUUGAAAAUUGAUACCAGAAAAUCUAUGUACUUGAAGAGUCCAGGGAAUCCAUCUAGCUGGCAUAACUUGGAGGCUUACUUGCAUGGAGUUGGAGGAACUCAAGGGAGCAAUGGAGGAUUCAAACUCGAGGUUAAUCGUGAUAUUGCACUUGUGAAUAAGAUAUUGGAUGCUCUAAAAGAUGAAUACCUUGUACCAGUGUCAUGGAGGACUGAAAAGAAUAAGGGUAUGAUUCAACAACCAGAUGGUUCAUGGAAGUUGAUGGAUCAUGAGGAUGACGACUUCUGA